GACCUGAGCCGAAGGCAGUCGCUUAACCAACUGAGCCACCCAGGCGCCCCUGUCCAAGUGUUUCUUUAGGAAGUUUUUGGGGUGGGAAAAGUGGUCACAGAAAUAUGACCAGCUUUCAAGAUUUGGCAAGUCUGAAGUGAUACAAAUCCCAACUGUUAGUGUAUUUGAUGCUUUUGUGUGUGAGAGUUUUAUUCAUGUCAGUCAUUAUUGACACUGCCUCUUAGGAAGGAUAGUAAUCCAUUUUCUUAGUAUAAUUAUUAUAGUGCUGUAUGCUUAAAAAAGGCAUAAAGAUGGGUUUAAGACAUUUACAACUAGGCAGCCUUAUGAAUUAGACCUAAUAACCUAAUUCAGUAGAAUGUUUAUCUUUAGCCAUUAUUUCCAGCUCCUUUCCUGGUCAGUGAGAGGUGUGUUUUUAAAAGUUUUUUUAAUACUGUGGUCUAUUUUGAACAGUUUUGGAAAGUAGUGGCUUUAGUAUCAUUUAUAGGUCUUUUUUUUAAAGGAAAAUGCGUAGAUUAUCAAAAAGCAUCUACUUAAUUGAGUAUAGAAAAACACUUCACUUUGAGGUUGGUUUAUCACAAAAGGAAAACUCACAUUAGAAGUCGAUGUGUGGCAGGCAUAGGAUGAAUAACAAAAUGUUCUUCAAAUUGAUCUCUUAGCUACAAUUAUAAUUAACUUUGUAGAUGUAGAAUUUGUCUCUUUUUCAGGAGAAAACCAUCAGAUUCAUAAACUUGAUUUUAGAUGGAUUUAAAUGUCUGUUUUGCAGAGUGAUUUUUUUUUUUUCCCCUUAAUCCAGGACUGAAAAAUGUCUGACUGACUUAAUUGAAGAUAACUUGUUAUCUAAUGGUUGAUAAAUGUUUGUUUCAUUGAGGUUUGGAAGAGCUAAUACAUUAUUUUUCAGUCUUUCAGAAAUUUUGUUCUCCUCUUCCCUACUCUCCUUGCUUUCUGUACCCUUCAAUAAGAAAGCAUAAUUAAAAGGAAAACUACUCAACAAGAUCAAACUUUGUGUCACUGUGCCUUUAUCCUCUCAGAGAUUCUCUUAGAAUUACUAAUUACUGCCUGGUGAAAGGAAGGGAAGGAAAUUACCUUUUUGAACAUUUUUCAAAAAUCUUCUGAUGUCUUCUAGCUAGGAGAAAUAAUAAAAUGUUAGGGUUUUAUAAGUUGUAUGUUCCUAGUUUUUUGUGUUUUUUUUUUUUUUUUUUGUCUGGAAUGUCUUGUUUCCCUCUAGGGCAGGAGUCAUUUCACAAUUUCUACGUUACUGUAUAACUACCACAUACACAUUUGUAGUAGGAAUUUAGGAAAAUUUUACAAUAAUAAAUUUGCAUAGACUAAGUGAUACUUGAUUUUGUGUUUGGGGGGUAGAUGAUAACACUGAGUUGAGUCUAUUGAGCCUAUUCCAUACAGUACCCUAACUGGCGAUAGAGUGCAUUAUUCAGGAUUCAUAGCAUUUGAAGAUUCAUUCUGGUGCCCUUAUGAAUAAUUAGUGUUUUUUCCCCACCCUUUUCCCUUAAGGUGCUUUAAGAUCUUGGUGUCUGUUCCAAUCUGAGACGACCACAGCAAGACAAAAAAAGGGCAAUGUCAUGGUAGGCAGUUCUUAGUUGCUAGAGAAGUUAGGUCACUUAGUUAUGAGGUCAAUGAAUUUUUGUUCUUAGUUCAAAAUGAUAAAUAUUCUCAUGACUUUAAGUACCUGAUGUGCUAGUUUAGAUUGCUCUUUCCUGUGGAACUGAAGUAUAUUAAAAAUUUUUUUUCUUUUUAUAAAGAAUGUCUUAUUGCGCCGUUUUUGCUAGACUGAAAGUUUCCUCAUCACUUGGUGAGACCCUCCUCUAAUUCAAUCUUUGUCUUUUGUCUUUGCUGCCUUGCAGGGUUGGUACAGUAGGCUUCACUAACUUAGCUGCAACUCAGAAUUUCUCCUCCAGCACCUGAGUAAAUGCUGAUGGUCUUGUGGAGAGUGGAUUAAGAGUACGAGCUAAGUUCUCAAUCCCAAUUAAGAAGCGGAGGAAAAUUUAAACUGUCUCCUUCAAAGUUUAUCACAACCACCACCAUCAAGACAGCAAACCAAAGGACAAAGACUUUGACCUGCUGUGUUGCUCUGUGUAGUCCAGUUCACGUAUGGUUUACAGACUUGUUUGGGGUUACUAAUGAGUAAAUAAAAAGUCGGACACUUCUGUCAUUGGACACUUUUAUUCACAAAGUUACCAAAAUGAGGGCUGUACUGGAGACAGCAGACAUUGCCAUAGUGGCCCUGUAUUUUAUCCUGGUCAUGUGCAUUGGUUUUUUUGCCAUGUGGAAAUCUAAUAGAAGCACCGUGAGUGGAUACUUCCUGGCGGGGCGCUCUAUGACCUGGGUAGCAAUUGGUGCCUCUCUGUUUGUGAGCAAUAUUGGGAGUGAGCACUUCAUUGGGCUGGCAGGAUCUGGAGCUGCAAGUGGAUUUGCAGUGGGCGCAUGGGAAUUCAAUGCCUUACUGCUUUUGCAACUUCUGGGAUGGGUUUUCAUCCCUAUUUACAUCCGGUCAGGGGUAUACACCAUGCCUGAAUACUUGUCCAAGCGAUUUGGUGGCCAUAGGAUUCAGGUCUAUUUCGCAGCCUUGUCUCUGAUUCUCUAUAUCUUCACCAAGCUCUCAGUGGAUCUGUAUUCAGGUGCCCUCUUUAUCCAGGAGUCUUUGGGUUGGAACCUCUAUGUGUCUGUCAUCCUGCUCAUUGGCAUGACUGCUUUGCUGACUGUCACCGGAGGCCUUGUUGCAGUGAUCUACACAGACACUCUCCAGGCUCUGCUUAUGAUCGUUGGGGCACUCACACUUAUGAUUAUUAGCAUGAUGGAGAUUGGCGGGUUUGAGGAAGUUAAGAGAAGGUACAUGUUGGCCUCACCCAAUGUUACUUCCAUCUUGUUGACAUACAACCUUUCCAACACAAAUUCUUGUCAUGUCCACCCUAAGAAAGAUGCACUGAAAAUGUUGCGGAAUCCAACAGAUGAAGAUGUUCCUUGGCCUGGAUUCGUUCUUGGGCAGACCCCAGCUUCAGUAUGGUACUGGUGUGCUGACCAAGUCAUCGUGCAGAGAGUCUUAGCAGCUAAAAACAUUGCUCAUGCCAAAGGCUCUACUCUUAUGGCUGGCUUCUUGAAGCUUCUGCCAAUGUUUAUCAUAGUUGUCCCAGGAAUGAUUUCCAGAAUACUGUUUGCUGAUGAUAUAGCUUGCAUCAACCCAGAGCACUGCAUGCAAGUAUGUGGAAGCAGAGCUGGGUGCUCUAAUAUUGCUUACCCACGCCUGGUGAUGAAGCUGGUUCCCGUGGGCCUCCGUGGCUUAAUGAUGGCAGUGAUGAUUGCAGCUCUGAUGAGCGACUUGGACUCUAUCUUUAACAGUGCCAGUACCAUAUUCACCCUCGAUGUGUACAAACUCAUCCGCAGGAGCGCAAGCUCCAGGGAACUAAUGAUUGUGGGGAGGAUAUUUGUGGCUUUUAUGGUGGUGAUCAGCAUUGCAUGGGUGCCAAUCAUCGUGGAGAUGCAAGGAGGCCAGAUGUACCUUUACAUUCAGGAGGUAGCAGAUUACCUGACACCCCCAGUUGCGGCCCUGUUCCUUCUGGCAAUUUUCUGGAAGCGCUGCAAUGAGCAAGGGGCUUUCUAUGGUGGAAUGGCUGGCUUUGUUCUUGGAGCAGUCCGUUUGACACUGGCCUUUGCAUACCGUGCCCCAGAAUGUGACCAACCUGAUAACAGGCCAGGCUUCAUCAAAGACAUCCAUUACAUGUAUGUGGCCACAGCAUUGUUUUGGGUCACAGGACUCAUUACUGUAAUUGUUAGCCUUCUCACACCACCUCCCACAAAGGAACAGAUUCGUACCACCACCUUUUGGUCUAAGAAGAGCCUGGUGGUGAAGGAAAGCUGCUCCCCGAAAGAUGAACCGUACAAAAUGCAAGAGAAGAGCAUUCUGAGGUGCAGUGAGAACAGUGAGGCCAUCAACCACAUCAUUCCCAAUGGGAAAUCUGAAGAUAGUAUCAAGGGCCUUCAGCCGGAAGAUGUUAAUCUCUUGGUGACCUGCAGAGAAGAGGGCAAUCCGGUGGCUUCGUUAGGGCAUUCAGAGGCAGAAACACCAGUAGAUGCUUAUUCCAAUGGGCAAGCAGCUCUUAUGGGUGAGAAAGAGAGAAAGAAGGAAACAGAGGAUGGAGGCCGGUACUGGAAGUUCAUAGACUGGUUCUGUGGCUUUAAAAGUAAGAGCCUCAGCAAGAGGAGUCUCAGAGACCUGAUGGAGGAGGAGGCUGUUUGUUUACAAAUGUUGGAAGAGCCUCCACAAGUUAAACUAAUAUUAAAUAUCGGACUUUUUGCUGUGUGUUCACUUGGAAUUUUCAUGUUUGUUUAUUUCUCCUUAUGAACUUUUUAAGGAUAUGAUGAGACACUAACUUAAGAAAAUACUGGUCUUUGGAAAAAAAACAAAAACAAAACUUAUGUAACUGUUGCAUCUCUCAGGCAUUGUUUACGCUAUAGGUUUUAGCCAAAUUUUACUUAGCAGAAAAUCAUCUAUUUGCAAGACUUUAUUUUCCCAGAGAUGGAUGAAAGUAAAUUUUCAACCUAAAUGAAGUAAACUUGUUUAACAGACUGAAUUGUGCAAAUGUGGUUUAAAAUUUUCCAUACCAAAGUAAGGAGAGACCAAUUAUUCUCAUAGAACAUGUAGAGCAGAAUAUAUGCUAAGAUUCUUACAAAUAAGGUAUAUUGUGUGCACUGCCAAAUCUUGGUAGGCCUUCUUAAUCCUGAAGUAGAGGACUUGCUCAUUUCAGAGUUUUUUCUCUGUCUCUGUAAUCCCUACUACCAUUUAAAACUGAAUUCGUGGACAUGUAUAAUCAGUUGUGUACUGAAAACCUAACUGAUGUGCUUGUGGGGUCCUUGUAUCAGGACAGGUUAGUUUGUUUGCCAGGUUCAUUUUGCUAGCAUGAGCCUGUGGAUUCUGAUUGCCAAAAGAAAGGAAGAAGAAUGUUUACCUGUAGCUGUUCUUGUACCACCAACAUACGGAAUGUUGGUAAAAAGUUUGUUUCAGUUCCUUUUUUUUUUUUUUUUCCCCUACUUUGACUGAAGUUUAAGUGAACCAUACUCAAAUGACCACCAACUCUGUCUUGAUAAAAAAGUUAUGUCAUGAUUGUAUUGUCAGAUGAUUAGGGGAGAAAAUGAAGUAAACAUUGCUGAUGAUCCCCAAAUUGAUUGACCAAGUUAAGGUUGUUUAUAUAGUUUGGGAAUUAGCAGUCCUCAAGCAGUGUUUGAUCAGCUUAUGCUAAACAGGCUCAUACUCCACUAAUUCUCUAGCUUUGUUCUUUGUUCUUGUCAUUUGGUAACCUUUUUUAUUAGCCACACACUUUUCCCAGUGGAUUCAGUUGGAAGAUAUGUCCAGAAAUUUGAAGAAAAUUGUCAGUGCCUUUGUGCUGGGUUGCCCUGCUUGAUUAGAUCAUGAUGUAUUGAAGUUGAGUUUUUGGAGGGAAAAUAUAAUUCUGAGAUCAUAUUUUAUCCUUGAUAAGUUUGUUUUCCUGAUUUACUUUUUUUUUUUUUGGAAAGACUUGCCAUCUGUACACGGCCUCUACAUUUUUAAAAAGUUACAUUGACUUAGAGCAUGAGGAGGUUCCAGUGCAAACUCGGCAUCAGUAACAGAAAACUGAGUGCAUGCUUUGCCAUUGGUAGAUUGUCAGUAUAGUCUUUCUAUAGAGUGGGUAGCAUGUUAAAGAGGUGUCAUGAAUAAGAACUUCUGGGUUUAGUAGUAUGUCUUGUGGAGGAUAUCCUAUGACUUGUGUACUUACAAGAUCCUCUGUCUCCACGUGGCUUGGCACUCCGUUGUAACCUUCGUGGAUGGGAAUCUUUUUCACAGGCUGAUUCCCCUUCUUGAGGACAGGAUACAAAAGACAUUAGAGAAAAGGUCUACAGAUUACGAAGUUCUGUGUCUGUGUGCUCAACAUGGUCCUUUUUCCUCCAUGACAUAUGAAGGAAACUAAUUGUGUAUCUACUUUCUUUGACUUUCCUGUAAUCUCUGAUACUUUUUAAAUUGCAUGAUUUUAUGAAGCUUGUAUUCUUUAGGGAAAAGUAUUACUUUUUUAGAUACUUUUGUAGAUUUUUGAAUCAAAACUCAGUCCUAAUGACUUUAAAUUUUUUGUAUUCUAUAAACGAGUUUCAUUAUGAUGGACUUGAUUAGUCCAAAGUUGAUUUUAGAAAUUAUCAGGUAGCAUAAUGUCUUCCCAUCUCCAGGAGGCUUUCUGAUGGACUGAGUCUGUAGAUGAAAAAAUAACUCAUGUAUGAAUAGCAUGAUUUCUGAGAGCUUAGAGUGCCUUGUAGAGUUUUUUCUCAAUUUCAUUCUUACAGUUUAUAAGCUGGGGGCCAAAUAAAUAGGGACCAUCCUUUUCUUUGGCGGAGGCUGUGGCUCUGAUACGUCCAAGGUCACAAAAAGUCUUAUUGGGAAGAACAGAAAAACCAUGUAUGCAAAGCUGGACUCAUGGUUUGUCCUCUUCUGAAAGGAACUGUUUUUCCUUUGAGACAACCUUUUGGUAUUUGGGAAAAUAAUAGGACCUUAGAUUUUUUAAAUUGGCAUUAAGUCAUAGGAAUUAAAAUUUUCUUUGACUUUGAACACAUUGCUGUGUAACUCAGCAAAGAGGAUUGACACAGUGGCUGGGCAGCCUUCUUACCCCUUCUUACAGCAUAAAUUAAUAGGUGGUGUUUAUGUGAGUUUUUUUCCCCUUUAUUUAAUGUUGAGCCCUAAUAGUUUGAAGUAUUAGGAUCCCGCCCCCCCCUUCUCUUUGCUGCUGUCUUAGUACGAUACAUGAAAUACAUCAUCUUGUGUCUAUUUGUGUAUAUAUAGCGGUAGGUCAAGUUUAGAGUACUAAUGUCUGUAAAUAAGGAAUGACUGUUAGUAUAUCCAUUAGGAUGUUUAUUCUUGCCAGUAUAAUCAUCACUGUUGAGACUGAAGUCCCUGAAUCUUGCCCUUCUUAUUGCUUUCCAGUAGUAGGUAAUGUGCUUGAAUAAGUAUGUGAAUUGCUGAUUGCAGCUUCAUUCAGGGGACCACUGUUCAGUAUGUGAUGGAGUGAUACCUGGUCUGUGUUAAGCUAGCAAAAUGUUCUUACUUUACACUAAAUGGGUCCUAAAUGAUGACAUUUCAUCUGUAGACAUUAAUAUGUAUAUAUUUUUAUAUUGGCUCAAGCUAAGGUUCAGAAUUGAAUAAGAGUGAUAUUGACUAAAAUAGUUACCCAAGAGUCAAAAUGAAGUGAGGACACUGGUUCUUCAAAGGUAGAGAAAAAUACUGUCUGAUCUGCUGUUAGUGGUAUCCCCAGUUCUUAGAUUUUUAUCCUUUCAGGCAGUCUCAGUCCUAAGAUCUGAUGAGCAGAGCUUAUUACUCUGGCACGCAGAAGAAUUAUUGGCUCCAAAAAUAUAUGUCCUUUUGCUCCAAGAUAGUAAGUGGCUUUUGAAAUAGCUGAGCCAAUCUUUUUCCACAGCCAUUCUCUUCCUGGUGAGGUUUUCACUCUUAUCUUUAGGUUAGGAAAGCAUCAAGCAAUAGUGGUGGUACUGUGUCCUUUGGCCUAUUUUCAGCAGAUCUCCUCUCGCAAGGCUUCCUUUUCAAUUGGCUCAAAGGAUUCAUUGUCUUUUUGCACAAAGAGUCUGGCCAGGAUCAUAGUUCUUAGCAUGGUCAAGUAAUUAGCAGAGACCUAUCACAUGUGAAACUUAACAUUUUAAGAAUUGAUUGGGAGGUUGUCACUCAGUUCUUUAACCCGAGGCUAAUUGGGAGUGGGGGAACUGAAAAGUCUUGUCCAGGGCACUGAGAGUCUCUAAGUGUCUCCAUUUCUCAGUCCAUUGCUUUUUCUUCCCUAUACUUACAGGGUGCAUGGAUCUUCCCCUCUCUAUUCAAAUAUCAUUCAGUGCAGCCUGUGCGUUAUUCUCAUUCUUUACCAUCCUACAGACUGGCUAUAUCAUUAGCUAUUAAAAGGUUAGACCCAUCAGUGCUCCCACUUGGCAGUAUUUGGCUUACUUACUUCCCUUAUAGUUUUUACUCCGCUGUGUUGUUUUCAUCUGUGGUAUGAUGGCUGGAAAGGACCACGUGGGUAUGGAGUAGUGAGUGACACCUUGCCACCAUUCCCCAGUUCUGGAUUGAGUGAUGUGUGUAGACCAUUCCUGUUACAUUAUGUGACCACAGAGACUUGCCAGGACAAAAUUUUCCUAAGAAGUCAGAAAAACUAUUAAAUGAGAUGCUGAGAAAUACCUGGGUGAUACAAACUUAACAAGUUAGGCAAAGGACAAACAUUAGCUUAAAAUGUGCAGAUGGAGAAUUCUGUUCAGUGAAUUCUAGAACUGGAAGCAUCUUGGCUGUCGGCUAGUUUAAACCUUUCCCCUAUAGAUUAGGAUACCAAUGAAUAAGAUCCAGCCAGUUAAACCCUGGUUUGAUGUUAAAUAUUGUGAAAUAGGAGUUUUUAAAACAUAUUUGAGGUUAAAAGGACUGAUAUUUGAUAGUGAUACUUUAGUAGAAAAAAAUGCUUUUAGGCUUGUAUUCAUAAGAUUGCUCAUUAAUGAAGUGUUAAAUUGCAUUAAGACAUUUUGAUGUUGACAUUAGCUUGAGCAGACUUUACAAAUAGGGUAUAUUCCUAUUUGUGGUAUACCCACCUACCUACCAUUCAGAGAGACUGGUCUUUGCCUCUGUUUGUCUUCCCUCACAUUGCUUUAAUUCUUCACCUGUUCUUUCUUUUAACGCUUCUCAAAUUCCUAUUUUGAUCUUUUAUCAGCUUAAUUCACGUUCAGGCUUAUUGCUAUGAUGCGCAAAAGUGCUGCUUUGCCCCAGUUUUGAAGACUUGGAUCCAAAUAAUUUAUUAUAUAUAUAAAACAUAGUUGUGUUUAAAUACACUAAAUUUCUAUUAGCUUAAACUAUUAAAUUCUCAAGAAUGACUUUCUCAGACUAAUGUUCACUAGUGUUCACCAAUAAUAAAAGCCCUAGUAAUUCAUCAUUAUUAUAUUCCGAAAACUCUUUUCUUCAAAAAUUAGGGAGGCAGCAAUAGUUAAAAUUCAUACCAGUCCCUUUGAGAUGGUGGUAUCACAAUACAGAGAGGAAUGGAGUUUGUUUUGAUGCCAAAAAGCCUUGUUCUUGCAGUACUUAAGGGUAAAAAUUGGAACUAGUCAGUUGGCCUAUAGAGAAACCCUUUUGUACUAGUUAGGUAUGAAGCUGAAUUAAAUAAGAAGCUUUGAUUACUACCCUUGGUUAGACUUGGUUGGCUUAACUCAGGGCUACAAACCCCUUUUCCUCCAUUAAGUCAUUUCUCUUAAUUUGGUAUGCUUUUUAUCAAACUCUCCCCCUCUGUUGGAAGACUAGGUGUUCAACUUCUUUCACUCCUAGAAUUGAAUUUAGCUAAGGUUCAAACUGCUUACAGGCUUUGCCAGCACUGAGUCCUACACCAUUGUUCACGGAGUCCUAUAAAUGUGUUUAUUUAAACUUCUUUCCAGUGCUGGGAAUAAGGCUUUAAACUACUGAUUCACCUUUAAAGGAAUGUUGUGAAAAUUGAUAUAAUUUAUGUUUCUGUUCUCCAUCUUAAAUCCUUUAUAUAAAAGAUAAGAUUUAGUUUUUUGUUUUGGGUUAAGCACCCAGUUUAUCUGGUAACUAACAGCCUUAACCAUGGAUACAUUGUCUUACUCAGAAAUAGGUGAAAAAGGUUUGAUGUAUCUGUAUCGUUACUGAUUUCACAUACUUUACUUUUUAGGGGAGGACCAUAAUCUGAAGCUUUUGAUUUUAAACCAAUAACCUUACUUUAUGUAAUGACUUUUCAGUGUGGUUUGGUUAUCUGGAUUCAUACUAUGAUUGAAGAGAGGGAUGCUAGAACAAAUAAGCAAAUUAAGAGCAAGUCAGGACAAAAGCACAGUGGUCUCAGAUUUUUCUUAGUGUGGGAGCAGUGGCUUUGCUAUCAGAAAAGCUCUAUAUCAUAAUUGUUGUCCAUGAUAAUGAAGCCCCUCCAUCCUCUCCUACCCCUACCCCAAGUUUAAGAUAGUUUACAGUCUGUGAACUCUGUCAAUAAGGGAAAUACAUAUUUCAUUGAUUUCCGCAACAGCACAAAUUGACGGUAGAUAACCACAACCUUAUUGGAGACUUACAUUUAUCUUGGUAAAUUCACCUUGUACCCCAGUGCUGCUGGAGGAAGGAGUGUUUACUUUUUUUUAAUUGCCUUUGGACAAAUUAGUCUGGAUAAUUUUUCAAUAUAUCAUUGUAGCCUAGACUUCUAUUAAGUGGAAUGACUGUUCCUUAAUUAACUCACUUUUUGGUUAUAACAGUUGGAAACUGAAAUUAAGCUCAUUGCUGUUAUUGAAAUCCCAAAUUGGCCAAGGCCAAUAUAUAGGGUAUUUUAUAAUAUAAUCAGCUUCUGAAAUUUAUGUGUUUUUAUUAGUGCCUUCUGGUUGCCAAUAUUGACUCUGCUAGUUUACACAUUUCCCUUUCCUGAUAGAAUAUACUUAUUUGUAACAAUUCCUCUUUUUAAAUUUUGUUACAACUAGUCAAGGAAAUACAAAAAAUACAUUUAUAUUUACAUACUUUAUACACAGCCUUUGUUUAGGUUCAAGGAAACCAGGUAGCUCUAAUUCCUGUUGCAGUUUAAAUGUUAUUUAUUCAUCUAUAUUUGUUUUAUAUCCUUAAUUAAAACUGUAAGGUUACUUAUUAAUUCUGUGAGUAUAUUUUAACUAUUGUUUUUCCAGUGCAGGUUUGAUAGGCAUAUCUGAGAACAUACAUCUGACAACAGUUUCACAUUCCAUGAUAGGUAAGAAGCUUAAAGUAAAAGUCCAUAGAAAGCACAAAUCACGUCGUGCAGGUGUGUGUCUCCACAUGUAGAAAGCACAAGACUGACAGGAUUUCUUAGGACCCCACAAGUGCCGCUUGUACAGCCCACCGGGUGUUUGUCUUGGGAGUUGUGGAGGACCCCAGUAUUGGAAGCCCCAGACAAUGAGGGAUCCUGAGUUGUGGUCCUAAAUGAUAAGUGAUUCAAGUGUAAUAAUCUGAGUAAGUUUGUACGACUUUGGUAGAGGGAGAAGAGACAAAUAAUCAAGAAUGUUGGAGCUAUAUUUGGGGGUUACUAGCGAAAAUGGGGUCUCUGGGUUCUUUCCUACAGUCUGGAACUAAAACAGGGACAGACUUCUAGGCUUUUGGUGGGUGGAAGAGUUUGACAAGCUUUUGCUUUAAGCUGUACAGCCGUUGGUGUUACUAUUUUUUAUCUUAAAUCUUUAGGCAGUUUUACCUGCUAUCAGUAGUUCCCUGAAAACAUGGAGAAAUUUUACAUUUUAACAGGGCAAAUACUACUUGUCUUGAAUCUUUGUGUAGGUUUGUAAGAGGUGAACGUAUCUUUAUUUUUUCAUGUGCUUUACUGCACUUCAUUUUAAUAGAGCAGAAUUUGAUCCAAGUGUUCUGAGCAUCAAACUAAAUCUGAGACAUAUCUGCCAAACGAGCUACUUUGCUUUUCACAGGGGUUAUAAGAGUCUAAAGCAUUCUUUUACCUGUCCCAUUCCCUGCUUCAUGGUUAGAGUAGAUGAAAUCAGAAUGUGCGUGCAGAAGAAAAUGUGUUUUCUUGCACUCCGUAUUGCCCUUGUCUUAUCCCUUGCUUUCUUUACCUGAAUAGUCCCAGUUUAUCAAGAAUGAAUAAAUAGUCUUUGUCUUGGAUUUUGCCCAUAGGUCAAAAGCUGUAACUCUCAGAAUGGGAGAAAAGUGACUACCUUUGUUCCCACUCUCCUCUAGUUUGUGUAUUUAUCUUCUUAAGGAAAGACUUGGUCCACUCUGGUAAUACAUGGGAUGAAGAUUAAAGCUGAUGUAGACUAAUGUCACAUGUUUGAGAAGGGUUAACCGGAGCACCUUGAGGGAGAGAUUGCUCCUGUAGUAAAAGACAGGUGUGUUCCCUCAGUAUUUUAGAAAUGUAAAACCUCUGGUUUGGGGGAUGAGGGCAGAGGAGUGCCAGAAAUGCAGGAAAAAAAGAGAAAGGUUUGAGGAACGUCUUUGGCUUAGCAAUGUGUGUUAAGGCAAAGCAGUUACAACCUGUUAGUCCUAUAUAGUAUGUGUCUGUAUCUUUUUAAGUGUUGUUUUUAAAUUUAAAAUCAUUUGUAAGAAUUUAAUGCUUUUGAAGAUUCCUUUGGCAGAAUAUCUUUCAUUUAUAAUUCCAUGGAAAAUUGCUUUAAUUAGUCUAGGUGAAAGUCGUCCUAGCAGUGUAAAUAUGUAUAAUUAGAAUUUUCUAAUUUCACUUUGAGAUCUCUAACUUUUGAGUGGCAAAAACAAAUCAACAAGUCUUUUGCUCAUGGACUUUUCUGUGGCGUUGUUAAAAUGCAAAAGCUUUAUUUUUGUUAAUAAUGACAUAUUACAUUAGUGUCAGAUGAUACGGAAUCUGUUCCCUGCUUUCCCCCACCAAUAUUGCUUCUGUUUAUAGAUUGCCAACAGAGUUCAGAAAUACAGCAGGGAUCUACCCAUUCUUUGCUUGGAUAUCCCAUUUCCUGUUGCCCAGACUAUGUUGGCAAUCACAUAUGAACUACGUUACGCUUCUCAGUGCUUUUUUUUUUUUUUUUUUUGAUAAGGUGGAUAUCAAAAAUAGUUGCUGUGCAAAAGUUAGUAGUCUUCUUCAAGAAGAAAACCAAUUCCUUUUCUAAUAUCCUGUGAAAUCGCUUCAUUCAUUUCUUUAUUUUUAAGCCAAAUGUCAGCAGAGUACUGCUGCUUUUAUCUAGUACUUUUGAUAUGUAAGUAUUGCAUUUUAAAAAGAUGUCUUCGUUGAAAUUGUUUUUCCUAGUGUCCUCCCUAUUAUGCUUUGUUCAUAUUUUCUGUAAGAGACCAGUCUGUGCACUGGGGUGUGUAUUGUGUACAUGUAUCAUUUCGUCAGUUACGCAUUGUAGACCAAAUGUGACUAUAAAUGAAGCUGUUGCAUUAUUGGUGAGUUUUUGGAAUUGUAAACUGAUCUCCAGUGUACCCUUUAUUGUCCAGUUUUUUUUUUUAAGGUUUGAUUGAUGGGGUCCAUCUUCACAUUGUACAAUGUUUUAGUUGCAAGCAGAAAGUAGAAUUUGGUAUAAACCAGGUUAUUUCCAUAUUGAAGGGAAUACAACUGAAAUUGUAGAUUUAGGAUUGUUAACCAUACAUGACAAUUCUAACUUGACUAUUAUUCUAACCUACUGUAUACAAUCUGAUUUUUAAAAAUUGUAGACAUGUAUGAUCUUGGUUUAAUGUGUUUUUUAAAAGUGUUAUUGUUGAAAAAAAUGGAAAAACAAAUCUGCUUAAAGAGCUGUCAGUUUUCAUUACUGACUCUGUAAAAUACACUGUCGUGUGUGUACUGUGUGUACUUCUCCAGCUGCUGCAUUAGCCUUCAAGAGUAUUUGGAAACUUCAGAUGAACCUACAUUUCUUGCCAAGUAUAUUCCUUUCUGUGGUAUCUUGUCCUGUAACUGAAGUAUAGUAAUUAUUUUAUGGAAAUGUUAUUAGCACUUCUGUACCAACUUUGAAUAAAAUGAAAAAUUUACA